AUGGAUGCAGUCACUGACGCAUUGUUUUAUUACAGCGUGAUCAUAUCAAAUUGCCAGGUGACUUGCUGCCAGUGGUCGCCUCUCGACGCCACGUCCCUGGUCACAGGAUCGCUGGACGGCUCGGUCGAAUUGUGGGACCUAAGAGAUAAAUUCUGCCUUUCUAAGAGCGUUGUCACCAACGAAGAUGGCCCAGAAUCCCAAGCGUACACCCUGAAGAUGCCUGCGUAUUCUACAGCGUCCCUCUUCGAGACGGACUGCCACUUCGCCAAGAUCGUGGACGUCUGUUGCUGGACACAAGGCGAAAUGGGCCUCGUCUGCGGGCUGCGGCCACCACGGGACCGGGAGUUGAAACUCGGCGGCCAGAUCAAUAACUUGUGGUAUGACACGCGAGAUUGUCCACUGAACCGAAGUGUUAACAUUGACGCAGUUCCGUCAGAAGGCGGCUACAACGUCUGGAGCCUGGACGAAGAAGGCACGCUGGUCUCGUGGGCUGUGACCGCUGUCAAGAGCGAGCCCGAGGGAUCGAUGUCGGACCUGGGACUCGCACCCGGGGCCACGCUCAAACUCGUCCGUGCAGCGGUGUUCCUGGUGCCGAACUUCCUGCCGCCGUCGUACGAGGAGGCACGCGACGGCCUGAGGACCUUCGGAGCGGCUCAGCUGAGCGCCACGCGCGUUCUGGUUACCACGGACAUUGGAGUGGUCGUUCACUUGGACUUGUACAAGGCGAGGACGUCACCGAAGGUGUUCAAGCCGAAGCAGCGCGUUGCGAGCAGGAGUGGCGCUCUGAGACUGCACUUCCUCGAGUACGAGCAAGCCGUAUGGGAGUGGGACCCGCUGGAGAGAACGGAAACUGGAGCGCUCCUCUGGAGCCCCUGCGCCCCGACGCAGUUCCACGUCACCACUGCGGCUGGAGAGGUGGCCACCUGGCACUUGUCGACGAGAAGCGAUGGCCCCACACGAGUCGCCACGUUUCCCUCUUCCAGAGUCUUGGCAAUGGACGCGGAUGGAACGGCUGCGUCGAAAACAUCCGAGCAUUGCUUGGCAUUGGCCAUGGACGACGGCGUAGUGCAAGUGCAUCUGAUGGGGCCCGCGGACAGCAGUCACCAGCUGAGUCGCGACCAGAUCCAGGAGAAGCUACUGAACCUGUAG